GCCCAAACCCGGCGCUCUGCCAAGAAUUUCAAACCCUACAUAAACCCUGAACUUUUUUGCCACAAUCUUUUACGGAGUAACAUGUUAAUGGCGAUUUCUUGUUCAACAAGAACCCUCUAAACCCUACUAACCUCAUAAAACUUCUCUGACGAUUUUUUCUUACGGAGAGAAGGAAUAGAAAAUUGUAAAGAUCGGAAAUGGCGAAUGUUAAUGCAGCUGGGCUUAUUGCAACCAUGGCAGCUGCAACUUUAGGAGCAAAACCUGCUUACGCAGAUGGGUCUUUCAGCUUCUCUCCAUUUUCACCCUCUACGUCAUCGACCCAACCCUCUCCUCAGCUUCCGAAUGCUGACUCCAGAGAGCCGCCCCAGCAGCCACCUCCGGCGGAACCUCCAAAACCUCGCAAUGAUCAUCCCAGAACAACAUCGGCCGGAUUCGACCCAGAAGCUUUGGAGAGAGGUGUCAAGGCUUUGAGAGAGAUUAACAAGUCUACCGGUGCAAAACAGGUAACCAAUGGAUUUAAAUUUGUUUCUGCUUUAAGAAGAAACUCACUGGUAUGCUGGACAAGACGGGAAAGUUAUAAUGUUUGCACCCUCUUUACUGCUUAGAAUUGUUCAAUGUAAUGAAAUUUGGAUUUGAUAACAAAUUCGAUCUUUCUUAUGGACCAAUUUUCUAACGGUGUGAUUAAAAAUAUACUUAGUAGCUUCAGUAUUUAGAAUAAUGGUGUUCAUUUCUCUACACCAUAAGGCAUUGUAUGUGAAAGCACAUGCCUCUAUUGUGUAAUUUUUGAUUAAUUGAUUAUUUAAAUUUUCUUAAAUGCCACACUUUUUAAGUUGUGUCUAUAUAGAAGGGUACAUGACUACAUGAGGCUAUGAUUAGUUUUAAAGAAAGACUGACUAUUUGAUUUAUUCUAGGUUUUUGAGGUCAUAAGAAAGCAAGAGGAUACAAAGCAGGCAGAGUUAUCUGCAAAAUUGGCUGAGUUUAAAGCUUUGCAAGCUCAAGCUGAAACUGAGAGACAAAGAGUGAUAUAUGAUGAACAGAAAAAGCUAGCUCAGCAACAGGCACAAAUCAAGUCACAGAUGGCUCGUUAUGAAGAUGAGCUAGCAAGGAAACGGAUGCAGGCAUAAAAUGAACAUCAUAGAGCAAGGAAUCAGGAACUGGUAAAGAUGCAAGAGGAGUCGGCUAUGAGACAGGAGGCAGCCAGGCGAGCAACGGAAGAGCAAAUUCAAGCACAACGCCGGCAGACAGAGAGGGAAAAGGAAAAGAUGAAACAGGAAACUAUCAGAAUACAAACUUUAGCUGAAGCAGAAGGAAGAGCGCUUGAAGCUAAGCUUGCUGAAGAUGUUAACAGAAGACUGCUACUAGAACGUGCGAAUGCAGAAAGAGAAAAAUGGGUCUCAGCUAUAAACACAACCUUUGAGCAUAUCGGAGGGGGAUUGCGUGCAAUAUUAACUGAUCAAGAUAAGUUGGUUGUGGCUGUUGGUGGUGUGACAGCUCUUGCUGCCGGUGUCUACACGACAAGAGAAGGUGCUAGAGUCAUUUGGAGUUACGUGGACAGAAUAUUGGGACAACCAUCAUUGAUCAGAGAAUCAUCCAGGGGGAAAUACCCUUGGUCAGGUUUCUUUAAGCGUGGCUUGAGCACUCUUUCUAAAGGUGGAUCUUCAUCUCAGGCUGAAAAGGGGCUUGAGGAUGUUGUUCUUAACCCCUCUCUUAAGAAGAGAGUUUCUCAGCUUGUUAGGACUAUGACUUUUACAAAGGCACAUCAGGCACCAUUUCGUAAUGUCCUUUUCCAUGGCCCUCCAGGGACGGGGAAGACGUUAGUUGCUAGGGAGAUUGCUCGUAGCUCUGGGCUUGACUAUGCACUGAUGACGGGAGGUGAUGUAGCGCCACUUGGUCCUCAGGCUGUCACCAAAAUUCAUCAACUGUUUGACUGGGCCAAGAAGUCCAAUAGGGGCCUGCUACUAUUUAUUGAUGAAGCAGAUGCAUUUUUAUGCGAGAGGAACAAAACAUAUAUGAGUGAAGCUCAAAGAAGUGCCUUAAAUGCCCUUCUGUUCAGAACUGGUGACCAGUCCAAAGAUAUAGUCCUUGCUCUAGCAACAAACCGCCCAGGUGAUCUCGAUUCAGCCGUCACAGAUCGUAUAGAUGAAGUCCUAGAAUUUCCACUCCCGGGCCAAGAAGAACGCUUUGAGUUGCUCAAACUUUACAUGGACAAAUACAUAGCUCAAGCCGGGGCACGAAAGACAGGCAUUCUUUCCCGGUUUCGGAAACCAACCCAGAAGAUAGAGGUCAAAGGUUUGACUGAUGAUAUUCUGAAGGAAGCUGCAGCAAAGACGCAAGGAUUUUCUGGGAGAGAGAUUGCCAAACUGAUGGCAAGUGUUCAAGCUGCUGUUUAUGGUAGUGAGAAGUGUCUUUUGGAUCCGACUCUCUUUCGUGAAGUAGUGGAUUACAAAGUUGCAGAGCAUCAACAAAGAAGGAAGUUAGCUGCUGCUUCUGGGGAUGGGAAAGGUCUUUGAUAUUUCUAAGCAUCGUUGAUUUUGAAUUAGAUAUUUAAAUAUUUUAUUUUAGUAAGAUGAAUUAGCAUACAUAUGUAUAUGCUAUUGAGAAAUCAUCAUUCAUGUUCCUCAAAGAUGCCUAUAUUCAUUGCUCUUACUGGAAUUUUGAUAUUCACGAGUCCUCAUUAGGAGCAUGACCUCUUUUUUUGGAAGUAUGGUCUUAACUUUAACGAACAGCUCUUGCUCACUGUAUCUUAUAUUACAUUG